AUGGCCAGCUCCAGACUGGGCCUUCUGCUACUGCUGCUGCUGCUGAUGGCCGUCCAUCCUGGACCUUCAGAGGCUUAGCACUGAUCCCAUGACUGGUACCCUGGAGGAAAGCGAGCCUCUAGCUCAGCCCAGGACCCUCAGAGUGCCCUUAAGCCCCCGGCAGGUAGCGCAGCCCAUACUGCCCAUGGCCUCCCAAGCGAUGCCCUGGCUGCCCCGGAGGACAGUGUGCCCUGGGAGGGCCAGACUGUGACCUGAUGUUUCCUCCACAGGAAGCAGCACCUGCUGACAUGCUCCAAGGUGGGCAGGCCCCUGGCUGCGGGGAAGAGGUGA